AUGUCAGACUCACGCCUUUUCCAGCCUAUGAAGAUUGGCAACAUCCAAGUUCAACAUCGUGUAGGCAUGGCUCCCAUGACUCGGCUUCGGGCGACUGUGGACCGUAUUCCCAAUACCCUCAUGAAAGAAUACUACAGUCAACGCGCUUCCACACCUGGGACUCUCAUUAUCACUGAGGGAACUCUCGUGUCACCUACCUCAGGUGGUGGGUUUGCCCGAACACCUGGGAUCUGGAACCAGGAACAAGUGAGUGCUUGGAAAGCCAUCACAGAUGAGGUGCAUAGCAAGGGCAGUCAUAUAUUUGUCCAGCUUUUCGCUAUGGGUCGAGCUGCCACUGUCGAAGUUGCAAAAGAGGAGGGAAUUGACAUUAUAUCAGCGAGCUCGCUUUCUUUCGAGGGGAGUAAUGCUCAGCCUAGAGCUAUGACUCUUGAAGAGAUCCACAGCAUGAUCGAUGCCUUUGUGACUGCGUCCAAGAACGCAGUGGCAGCUGGUUUCGAUGGUGUUGAGAUUCAUGGUGCAAAUGGAUAUCUUCUUGACCAAUUUCUUCAAGAUGUCAGUAAUCAUCGCAAUGAUGAGUUUGGUGGAAGCAUCGAGAAUAGAUCGCGCUUUAUGAGCGAAAUCAUGAAGUGCGUCGCCAAAGCCAUUGGGCCAGAGCGCGUUGGUCUCCGUCUUAGCCCAUGGAGUACCUUCCAAGGCAUGCGAAUGGAGGACCCCAUCCCGCAAUUCACAGACAUCAUCAACAAAGCCAAGGCUCUUGAUCUGGCCUACCUCCACCUCAUAGAAUCACGAAUCUGUGGUAGCGUUGAUGAUAUCAACAAUGGCCAGGAAAGGCUUGACUUUGCUUAUGAUCUCUGGAAGGGUGCUUUCCUCAUUGCGGGAGGGUAUAAGCUACACGGUGCAGAGGAUCUUGUCGACCGUGAGCAUCCAGACAAGGAAAUCAUGGUCAUGUUCGGGAGGGACUUCGUGGCAAACCCUGAUUUGGUAUUGAAGCUGCAGCAUGGUUUAGACCUCAAUCGGGGUGAGAGGAACACGUACUACACUAGCGACUCCGUUGGAUACAUCGACUAUCCAUUUGCUCCCAAGGUAGCUGUUUCUGCUUAA